UUAGAAUGAGAUUGCCGAUCUUUAUAGUUAUUAUUUUAACGUUCGCUGCUGGGAUCAAAGGCCAAUUGAUCAGACACAGAGGUGGAGCGGCAAGUGGAUUUUUCUCUCGAGCAGCGGCUUAUUCUCUACCAACUUCCAUCCCCGUAAAAGGCCAACAACUGCCCAUUUCCUCAAUCGGAAAAGCUCUACCCAUUGUUUACUCAGGAAAGGUUUUACCCAAUCCCACCCCAGAAGAAAAUCAACAACUUUCUGUCAGCAAAAAAAUAUUGACUCUUUCUGACACUGGUACAGUCUUGCCAAUUACCUUCUCCGAGAAGGUUCUUAGCUCCGAGAACAUCGUACCAAUUUCCGCUUCCAAAAGGGAAUGUGCCGAGCUGAUUUCUGUCCCCGGAGGCACCAUACUGAUUCCCGGACUCGGAGGCGUACUACCAAUUCCCGGCAGUAAAGGUGCCCAUAUGAUUCCCGGCUGUAUAAAUAUGGCACAUCUUCCUGGACAGGACGGACUCUUGGAAACUGCAGGACAUGUUGCCUUAGAUAGCAGCCAAUCCAGUAAUGGGCUCUCUGGUGGCCGAACGCCCGGCGAAAGUAAAUACGAAAUCAUUGACUUGAGGAGUUGAAGUGGUCAUGCUUUAAUCAAUCGUGAACCGUUGAAAUUAUAAGAGAACAAAUGUUUUCAUAAAAUCUCGUAGAAUAUAGAAGAUCAAUUAA